UGUAAUUAUCUAACAACCGGGUCUGUUUAGAACCACUGCUGUGUCAAUCUGUGAUUGUUGAAAACCCGGAGCAACUGCAGUGUGCAGUGGUAAAGACAAGUCCAUAAUGACGGACAACUCAACGGACUGCUCAAUGGACCGUGUCGAAGAGCUGAUGCACUCUGUGCAGUUGGUCAUAUAUGUGCCCACCUUUGUGUUUGGGAUGGUCCUGAACACCCUUGCACUGGUAGUCUUCUGUGUUGUUCUUCGAAAAUGGAAUGAAUCCACCAUUUACAUGACCAACUUGGCACUGAUGGACCUGCUUCUGCUCCUCCUGUUGCCGUUCAAAAUGCAUGCCAUAAAUAACAAAUGGGACGCCAAUAGGAAGCUGUUCUGUUCCUUUUUGGAGAGCAUGUAUUUUGUGGGGAUGUAUGGGAGCAUCUAUACCAUCACCUGCAUUGCUCUGGAUCGCUACGUUGCCAUUCAGCACCCAUUCCGUUCCAAGGAGUUUCGGUCACCAAGGGCUGCCAUCAUUAUCUGUGUAGUCAUCUGGUGUCUUGCGCUGGGGGCCACAUCACCUGUCUACAGCUUCCAUAACAACUCGGACGAACCCUUUCGCUGUUUCCAUGGCUUUUCCGAUGCAGGCUGGAAGCCUGCUCUCAUAGGCUGUGUGGAAGUGUUUGGCUUUCUGCUCCCAGCAGCUGUGGUGGUGGUGUGCUCUAUAAAGAGCAUCCAUACACUCAAGCAGUCACAAAGACAGAGCGUUAAGGGUCAUUCCGGCGAGCGGAUCAUGUAUAGCAGCCUGUGUGCCUUUCUGGUGCCCUUCACCCCAUAUCACCUGGGAGUCUUCCUGCAGUUUCUUGUGCGCCAAAGAAUGAUCACAGCCUGCCAGUCAAAGACAAACAUUGCGCUGUUUGUGCAGGUUGCCAUGUGCUUGGCCAAUGUGACCUGCUGCCUGGACGCCCUCUGCUAUUACUUCAUUGUCAAGGAAGUUCGCUCUUCCAGGGACACCAUCAGGCGAUCUAUAAGCCAUAGGAGGACUAUAAGCACAUCAGAAGUGUAGUGUGAUAUUGUGAAUUUACUAUCAAAGCACCUUUUGUAUUCUUUUUUCCUCUGUUUUAAAAGACCACAUAGCUACAUCAAGAGAGAUAAGACUAAAAGGGGAAAAGAAAAUCUGUGUCUGAAGAGGUUGACCAGUGAUUAUGGUGUAAUUUAAACAUAUUUGUUGUAUUCAUCACAUAUUUAAAUUAACACAUCUUAAUAGUUAAGUGUUUAAACUGUCACAAGAGGGUCAUUAUGACUAACAUUAAGCAUUAUUCAUUGUUAUUUGUAUUUCAAUAUGCAGUAUUUCAGAA